GGUUGGAGGUUAUCUGGACUUGUGUAGAUACCCACAACUGCCGCCUGUUUUUAGUGAUAAAUUAGAACUUUGCUCUGUUUAUUGUGCAACACUUAUCUUCCGCGCCGGUGUGUGAGUGCUGCGUGUCCGUUAGCGUCCACUCUGCGUGUAUAUGAGUGACAGCAACGCAGACGCUGAGCGGAACGACAGUCCUGCUACAGACAACCACCCCGCGCUGCUCGACUGCUGCGGAGGGCUCAACAACGUCGAUUAUUCCAAGAUGGACUUGACGCUGUUGGAAGCCUUCCUAAAACACAUUCAUGUUUACGACUCCCGCUUGUGUAUUGCUGUGAUUGCCAUCCUUUUUAACCCUUUAUUUUGGAAUGUGGUGGCGAGAUGGGAGCAUCGUACACGAAGACUCUCUGGGCUCUUUGGUAGCCCCUACCUGGCCUGUUGCUGCUUGGGCUUCGUCAUUAUACUGCUAAACAUUUACCGCAGCCACAGUAUGACAGUGGCAAUGAAGGCCCAGGCCAGGUGGGAGGUGAUGGAGAGGACGGAGGUUUUCUACGCUGGGAUAGGUCUUAUGGUGUUUGGUACCCUUCUCGUAGUGAGCAGCUUCCUUGCUCUGGGAUUCACCGGAACCUUCCUAGGUGACUACUUUGGCAUUCUGAUGGAUGAGAAGGUAACAGGCUUUCCUUUCAACAUCACAGAGAACCCAAUGUACUGGGGCAGCACAGCUAACUACCUCGGCUUGGCACUCAUAGCAAUGCUGGAGCUUUGUCAGAGUGACCAUCAGGUUCUUGGUCACAUCUCUGCCUGUGGCUCCUGAUCACUCAGAUUGGCUGAGCAGCCAGCUUUGGGAAAAGUUCUGAUGAUUCCAAACUUCUUCCGUCUACAGAUGAUAGAGGCCACUUUGACGAUUGGGGGACCUUCAGUGCUGUAUUAAGUUUUCUAUACCCUUACCCACACCUGUGCCUCGAUAUAAUCUCUCAGGGGUCAACAGUCAAUUCCUUGGAUUUGAUGGCUUGGUUUGCACUCUGACAUGCUCUGUCAGCUACGGCACCUUAUAUUGACAAG